UUUUUUUUCUUCUCCUACUACCGCGACUUCGGCAAGCGCUAACGCUAACCAGUAAUGGCUACGGAAACACUGGCAAACGGGAGCGCCGACCCUUCUGUUGGGGGUGCCACCAUUCCCCCGGUCGUUGGAAUCAACUUCGGCAACUCAUAUGCAUCCAUUGCAGUAUUCACGAAGGAAGGGUUAGCGGAAUGCAUCGCCAAUGAAGAUGGGGAACGCCAGAUUGCCUGUGCGAUUGCAUUCCAUGGAGAAGAAAUGUACAUUGGCAACCAAGCCAAACAUCAACUGGUAAAGAAUUCAAAAAAUACGAUUACCGGAUUCCGCAACCUCCUGGGCAAGAAAUUUUCCGAGAUACCAUCUUCCCAAAUAUCAACGACAUCGGCGCUAGUCAUCCAACACCCUGAGCUUCCUGAUGUACCGGCGUACAAGGUCGAGGUACUGCAGGCUGCACCAGCGCCUCUACCAUCCACAGCAUCCAAUACCCCGGCGGCUUCUGUUGCCCCUACGCCUCGUUCCGAACCUACCCCCGCCGAACGUGUCCUUACCGUUUCUGAGGUCACAACCAUGUUCCUUCAGUCUCUUAUCCAGUCCGCAGAAGACUUCCUGGGUAAAAAAGUACAAGGCGCUGUCGUUACGGUCCCGCCGACAUUCACUGACGCUCAGAUUGACGCCCUAGACAAGGCAGCAUCUGAUGCUGGAGUGAAGGUGUUGCAGUUCUUAGAAGAAGCUGGCGCCGCAGCAGCUACCACCUCCAGCGAACAGUGGAGUUCGUCACUUAACCCAGAUCGCACACAACUCAUUGUCGACCUCGGUUCGUCUUCCCUUUCUCUGUUCGUUGUCUCCAUGCGGGAAGGACUCGCGCACCUCCUUGGUUCGUCAACGACAUCCGCCGUCGGUGGUGAUCAGAUAGACGACAAGCUUGUGUCUUUCUUCGCCACAGACUUUACCAAAAAGACAAAAACAUCACUCAAAGUUGUUCCUUCCGUCGAAAAUGCCGACAAGCGUGCUGAGGCUAAGUUGCGUCUCGCUAUCGAGCAUACAAAACGUACCUUGAGUGCAUCCCCCGGUGCUGCGACGUGUUCAGUCGAAUCAUUAAAGGACGGUCUAGACUAUACUGGCUCCAUCAACCGAAUUAGAUUCGAUAUGGUGGUGCGGUCGGUGUACACUGCGGUUGGUGCUGCUGUUGAGGAACUAUUGAAGUCACUGGACAUAGAUUCCUAUUACAUCAACGAGAUCGUUUAUGUGGGCGGGACGACGUGUCUGCCAGGUUUGAACGAGCACCUCAUCACCUCCUGUGGCUUCAGUGAUGCCGUUGACACGCCAUUUUCGCUCGGAACUGUAGUCGGUGGUGGUGUCGGUGAUCCCACGACGAUCCUAGCUCGGGGUAGCGCCGUACAGGCUGCCUUGAUCGCUUCUCUGCCACAUGACGAGGACUUCGCGGAGAUUCGACAAGCCUUUGAGAGGGGCUCUGUCACUGAGGCUCCCGUGAUGACGCGUUCUAUCGGGUUGUACUUCCCUGGUGAAGGGGAGGAAGACAAAACCGGAACAUGGAUGACUAUUCUGUGGAAAGACACACCGCUCCCCGUUCGUCGAAUUGUCACUUUCGAUGCUACUCUUACCGACGAGUCGAAGAAGUUUGCGUUUGAAGUAUGGGAGGUCGAGGAGAAAGUCCGCAUAGAAAAGGUGAAACUCGAGAAGCUCGAGCUUUCCGACGAUGAAGAGGAGGAAGAGGAAGAUGAAUACGAGGAGCAGAAGCACCCUCACAUGAGCCGAGUCGCUUUCCUUGGUGCGAAGGAAGCCGAGGCUCUGCUAGGAAUCAAAACGAAGGGCAAUGGACCUGAUGCCGGUAAAUGGACGACCACAUUGCAAGUCAUUUUCCAGGCAUCUGAAGAAGGGGAACUGGAGAUUUAUAUGCGUGAGAUCGGAGAGAAUGGCGCACUGCUGUCCCUUCGUGUUCCUCCGUCAUGAUACUUACGUGCUCUGUAUAUCCUGUGAUUAUAGAUUACUGCAAUUGCCAUCUAAAUAAGAAAGGACUGGCAAAUUUUUAUCUAUCUUCGUGGAUGCAUUCGAUCGAUAUACACAAGAAGCUCAAGCAUGCAACAUCAAGUACCAGUAUAUGUUGGUCCCUUCAUUAGGUCUUCAGCGAAGGGUGGGCAUGUCGAUCAUAGCGAGUUAGAUGGUGAGUCGAAUCUGAAGUCCCAGAUAUAGGGUCAGCAUUAGCUCUUCAAUACCCGAUUGAUCUUU